AUGCCUCAGAACGAGUACAUCGAGCGCUGGCAGAAGCAGCAUGGCAAGAGGCUGGACCACGACGAACGGGUGCGCAAGCGCGAGGCCCGUGAAGGCCAUGCCCUGUCCGACAAGGCCCAGACGCUGCGCGGCCUGCGGGCCAAACUGCACCAGAAGAAGCGGCACGCCGAGAAGAUCCAGAUGAAGAAGGCCAUCAAGGCGCAAGAAGAACGAGACGUCAAGUCCGCCGCCCCCACAGAACCCUCCUCCACCCCGCUGCCCAACUACCUCCUCGACCGGUCCCAGGCCAACUCGGCCAAAGCGCUGUCGAGCGCGAUCAAGAACAAGCGGGCCGAGAAGGCGGCCAAGUUCGCGGUGCCGCUGCCCAAGGUCAAGGGGAUCAGCGAGGAAGAGAUGUUCAAGGUGGUCAAGACCGGCAAGAAGACGGCCAAGAAGAGCUGGAAGCGCAUGAUCACCCAGCCCACCUUCGUCGGGCCCGACUUCACUCGCCGCCCCGUCAAGUACGAGCGCUUCAUCCGCCCCAUGGGCCUGCGCUACAAGAAGGCCAACGUCACGCACCCGGAGCUGGGCGUCACCGUGCAGCUGCCCAUCAUCAGCGUCAAGAAGAACCCCCAGAACCCGCUCUACACCCAGCUGGGCGUGCUGACCAAGGGCACGGUCAUCGAGGUCAACGUGUCGGAGCUGGGUCUGGUCACAACGGGCGGAAAAGUGGUCUGGGGGAAAUACGCGCAGGUCACAAACGAUCCGAGUCGAGAUGGGUGUUUGAAUGCGGUUCUUCUAGUUUAA